AUGGCUGCUCCUGAAGACUCUGUUCCCAGCACAAAUAAUUCUGCUGUCAUGCCUUCCAGCAGAAAUACCAUUGUUCGUCUUGAAUCACUCAAUCACACUUUUACAACAAAAAUGCUUACCUUGACGCAAUCCCAACCUAUAAAAAUUGGUCGAAAAGUGAAUCCAAGGAUCCUUGCUGAGCCAACCAAUGGCAUCUUUGAUGCCAAAGUUCUAUCCCGUGUCCAUGCAGAAAUACUAUUUGAAAACAGCACAGUCUAUAUUCGUGAUUUAAAAUCUAGCAAUGGUACUUUUAUUAACGGCACUCGGUUGAGCGAAGAAGGUGUUACCAGUGCAUUGUUUGAGUUACACAAUGAUGACCAAUUAGAGUUUGGUAUUGAUAUUGUUGAUGACGAUGGUGUUACGAUCGUUUACAAAAAAGUGUCGUGCAAAGUAUCCAUUUUAGAUGCAGCUGAAGCUAUUUCUUGGGCACUCAUGUCCAAUACCUCUCUUGGAGCAAACAAAAACACCACCAUGACUUCGUUUGAUCAAGCCCAGUUUCAAUCCACUCAGAACCAGCACGAUCAGCAAGAUCAACAUGCUCGUUUUGUCAGUGCCAAGGUCGUUGCUGAAGCCCAUACCAUUCUUGAUAAUGAGAUUCGUGUGGCUUCCAAUGCGGCCAAUGUUUUAAAACACAUUCGUAAAUCUUUUGAACUGAUUGAAGAACAAGCCUUGACUCAACCUGAACAUAGGACCUUGAUGGCCGAGGGACAUGAAUCAGGUGGCAUCUCUCAGCUUUUGACUGCUGCCAAUACCCAAGAGAUUAUUUCAGCCAAAAAAGACAUUGCGAUAUCGAAAUCUAUGGCCUUGAGCUCAGAACACAUACAAUCCCAACUUUCACCAGAGUAUAUCAAACAAGUGGAUGACAUUGCGACAAAACACGAUGUACUUGCUGCCAAAGUAUCGAAACUCGAUGCAGAUACGAAAUUGCACGAUGCAAAGUUGACCAAAGUACAGGAAUCAGUUGCUGAAAUUUCGCAGCGUUCAUUUACAACGUCCACUUCAAUUGAUACACUUGUAGCUGCUUUAGCUGAAGCCGAUACACCUGAUGCGACAGUCUCUGAUGCGGCAGCUGCAUUAACAACAUGCAUAAAAAACACCAGUCUAGCAUUGGCGAAAAUUACGGCUGUAGAUGAGCGUCUAGAUUAUACAACAACCCUUUUCAAGGACACACAAUUGAAUGCAUUUACUCGCAUGCAGCAUCAACUGGAUGAGUUUCGUUUAGAAGCAAAUGGCAUAGUAACUGCGUCGACACAUCAAACAACCAAAGAGUUGGCGGAAGUGAAAACCAAAUUGCAAAGCGAGAUAAAAACCUUGAAUUCUGGUACAUUGAAGCGAUUGGAGGGAUUAGAUAAAGCCAUAUCCAACAUCAAGGAGCACACACGACUACAACACACCGAGUCUGAGCGUGUUCAAGCUAUCGUAGAUUCAGCCAAAAAAGAAGUGGGUGAGGUGAUCAAGAUGGAAAAAGGAUUUGACACCAGAUUGGGUGGAGUUGUUGACGACAUGGAUGAGAUGCGUGCAUUAAUCUCUUCACUUAGAAAAGAAAUCGAACAGAUGAAGAAAUCUGUUGAAACAGCUUCUACUGUAGCUGCCAGUGCUCGUGAACGAGCUGAGCGAGCUGAAAAAUUGCUCAACGCUAAUUAUGCUGUAGGCGAACAUGGUUUAACCAAUGCUAUACCGAAUGAAAUCAGCACGCCCAGCCAAGAAAGUAGAUCAGGCAUCAUUACACAGCGUAGACGAAAAUAUAAAUCUCAUGAUGAUUUGAAGGAAUGUGCUGAAUUAAAGCCAGCCAAAACUAAUGGAUCGGAUGACAAGUCUUUUGUAAAACGUAAAGAUAUCUCGGUAAAAACAAGUAGUGGUGCGACAUCCUUUCAUGCACAUUCCUCACUCAAGACAUUUGGAUUUGCAAUGGUGUAUGCAGUACUUGGCGCUGCCUGCUUUUAUAUCGCAAUGCAACUUGUUACAUCUUGA